AUGGAAGACGUCAAGGUUGAAGUCGAAACCCGGGAAUACUGUGAGUCUCUUGGGAAGGGUGAUGCCGUGGUUCAUGUUUCCGAGCCUGGUGGAGGUGACGGUCGCCAGAAGGACACCAUUACCAAGAAGUUUCUGCGCAUCAUCUGGGACUCACUUGACAAGUCUCCUGAAGAGCGAAGAUUCAUCCGUAAGGUAGAUUGUUGGAUCAUGACGUACGUCUGCACAGCAUACUGCGUGAAGAACCUUGAUCAGACGAAUGUCAUCAAUGCUUAUGUCUCAGGCAUGAAGGAAGACUUGAACAUGGUUGGGCAAGAGUACAACCUCCUUCAAACCAUGUUCACUAUCGGAUACUGCCUUGGCAAUCUCCCUUCUCAGCUUGCCAUGACACAAGUUCGUCCAUCGAUCUGGCUACCUUCUCUUGAGCUCAUUUGGGGAUUUCUCGUCAUGGCCAUGGCUGGUGCGAAAGAUAUUCGGGUCUUGUACGCCCUUCGUUUUGUCAUCGGUUUCUUGGAGGCGUCUACGUACCCUGGUGUUCUUACGCUACUUGGUAACUGGUACACACCUCAAGAGCUCGGCAAGAGAUCUGCAAUUUUCAUCGCCAGUUCAGCCGCCGCGAAGAUAUUCUCCGGCUACCUUCAAGCGGGCCUCUAUUCUAGUAUGAAUGGAGUAAAUGGCCUUGCUGCCUGGCAGUGGCUGUUCAUCUUCGAUGGUAUCAUCACCAUACCCGUAACAGUUUUCGGAUACCUUGCUAUUCCCGACAGCCCGGUCAAUUCCAAAGCGAAGUGGCUAAAACCAGAAGAGAAAGCCAUGGCUAUCGCUCGCAUGGAUAAGGUGGGCCGCAAACCCCCUGCCAAGCUCCGCAAGAAGAUAGCGGGCGAGAUUUUCAAGAUGUGGCCGGUAUACCUAUUCUCAAUUGUCUUCGCCUCGCAGCUACUGGGCCAACGGGUAAACAAUUACUUCACGAUUUACUUGAAGGGCACGGGUCUCUACACAGUCGAGCAAGUGAAUCUCAUCCCCACCGGGGCAUAUGGUUUACAAAUUGCGUUGACAUUGAUAUACGCAUGGCUGAGCGACGGCAUUGGGAAGCGCACUCCUUCCAUCGUUAUUGCCGCAGGGAUAUCCGUGAUAGGCUGCAUCAUUCUCAGUAUAUACCCUGAGAAGAACCACAUCGCAAUGAUGGUAGGGUGGUUUUUGGCUCACGGUCAAUUGGGCGCUUCGGCAUUGAUCUUGACCUACAUCAAUGAAACCCUUUCCUUUUCAAACGAACAUCGACUUAUAGUUAUCGGCAUAGUCGAAACGUUUGGAUUUAUUAUGGUUUCGUGGGGAAUACUUCUUGCAUACCCCAGCGGUGAGGCCCCUAAGUUUGCUAUAGGUUAUGAGAUGGCUGCCAUGUUCUUCUGUCUGGAGAUUGUCGGAAUCACGGCUGUUUGGUUCUGCAAUAAGAAGUGGAAGCCAUCUAUUUCGAGUUAA